UUAUACCAGCUAUACAGUAUCACAAACUUCACCAAGAUCAACAAACUUUCUUUAAAAGUAACGAAGACAAUGGCUCUAAAUCCACAAGCUUUCGAGCAGUUCACACUGAGACAAAUUCGCAUUACUGAGAAUGAGUUAGGACAUGGUUCCUACGCUGUUGUCAUGGAGCUAGAGUAUCGAGGACUGAAAUGUGCCGGCAAGAAGCUUUAUCAAGUUCUCUACGAGACUGGAAUCGGGCAUGCAGCACGAAGGUAUCUAGAGGAGUGUCACCUGCUCAGUCAAACUAGGCACCCCAACAUUGUCCAGUUUCUGGGAGUCUGUUUUGAGGAAGGCUCUCAGUUCCCCAUCCUAGUCAUGGAGUUUCUCCCCAUCAACUUGACCAGCUGCCUCGAGCGCUAUGGUAUUCUCCCCGAUGAGAUCAACUUCUCCAUCCUCCAUGACGUCUCACUGGGCCUGGCCUACCUCCAUGGCCAAACACCAGUCAUUGUGCACAGAGACCUCUCAGCCAACAAUGUCCUCUUGUCCACUAACAUGACGGCCAAGAUAUCUGAUCUGGGGGUUGCUUGA